AAGAAACACUUGACGGUCACAAGCACGUCGCUGCAUAAGCACAAUUCCUCCUCCGCAAAGCCUCUGGAGCGCAUUCCCAAGAUCAGUAUCCUGCCACAGGCGCGAUGAAACCUGUCGGCUUAGUCGGCGGCGCUUCUCCUCGCUCAAUCGCCGCUUGCCUUGCGGCACGAUCUUCUGCAAUCGCCUUCAUCUCCAGUGCUGAACCUUUCCGCCAGGCUCGGGGGAACCACCAGCAGACGAAGAUGAAACUGCCACGAGUCAGCAUAGCCUCGCCUGAAACUGGCGAUUAUCUAUUCACCAUAGGACAGCAAGGCCUGCAAGAAUCCCAACAGGUAUUGCCCAUGCUGUCGCUCCCAUUACGGCGUCAAGGUGAAGAUUCGCCGCUAGCUAGACUUCUCAAUGGAGUAAGAUUGCGGCCUGGCUUGGCUUCGAGUAGAGCAACCUUUCGUGUUCCACGCUUGUGGCCUGUACGUGAUGGUCGACUAAGUGCGAGAUACGCCGUACGAUUCUCAGCAACUUUGAGGUAAGAUUGCUGGGCGUGCGCGGCACCUUAUACGCCGCA